CAAGGGCACGCGGGGGGGUGCUGGCCGGCCCGGAACGUGGCGCGGGGCAUGCCGGGAGGCGUGGGCCCACGGGGCGGCGGCGCCGGGGCCGGUCAGGUCAGGGCCCGUUUGCUUUCGGCGGCGCCGGGCCAGAGUGGGUGCGGCCGGCCGGCCGGCGGAACCAGUUUGGCUGAGAAGUGUUCGAAAUGCUGCGUCGGAAACCAACCCGCCUGGAGCUGAAACUAGAUGAUAUAGAAGAGUUUGAGAGUAUUAGAAAGGAUCUUGAGAGUCGCAAGAAGCAGCGUGAAGAUGUGGAUGUAGUGGGAGCCAGUGAUGGAGAAGGAGCUAUUGUUAAUGACCACAAGAGUCGAGAACAAAUGAUAAAUGACCGAAUUGGUUACAAACCUCAACCCAAACCCAACAACCGUUCCUCCCAGUUUGGAAGCUUUGAAUUCUAGAGAUUUGAUGGCCUGCUACCUUCCACGGGCAAUUGAGUAUUGGACCCUGAUGGGGUGUUCAUCCCAGACAGUGCUGGCAGAGAUGUUCAAAGGCUGUUUGGGUAGCUCUAAAGUUGGCUGGGAUGGACCUGUGUUUGCCAAUGUGUCUUGGGCUUUAAUAGGGGAAAGUGCCUUUCCCUAAGGCUGGUGGGAUGUGUUUUUAACCUGACUUGUUACUGUACCUCCAGAAACCCCUCUGCCCAGCCACUUUGUUUUAAAUAAAUUUUUUUUUUAAAUGA